GGAAUCAAUCCAGAUCUGAGCAAGAAUCGAACAUGGAGAUCAACCAGAACAAUCAACUGAAGAUUAUACUCGAGCAACAAUUGGCGUCUCAAAAUCAGAAGAUCGAGGAGAUUAGAGCGGAACAGCAGAAUAUGUUCGAAAAGAUGAUGGAGUUGCUUGAGAAAUCAAGCCACAAUGAAAACAGAUCGUCUUCAGAGGUCAUCGGUAAUGAAGGAGGUGACAGAACUGCUUUUAAAUUUCUGCCUAAACUUGAAUUUCCCUCAUUCAAUGGUUCUAACCCUAGAAAUUGGGUAAAGAAAUGCACACGAUAUUUCAAUCUGUGUAAGAUACCUGAAAAUCAGAAAAUGGAUGUGGCGUCAAUCCAUUUGACAGGGAAGGCUGAGGUGUGGUUUGCUAGUUAUAUUGCUGUCAAAAAAAGAGUAGAAUGGGAUGACUUUAUCAUUGAUGUAUGUGGAAGGUUCAAAGAAGAACUUGACAGUAAACUAGUGGAAGAAUUCAAUAAAUUGAAUCAAACAGGGACGAUUGAGGAAUAUUUGGAGAGAUUUGAAGAGCUGAAGUCAUUAAUGUUGCAGAAAACUCCAGUUUUACCUGAUGAUUAUUUUGUGGAUAGUUUGUGGGAGGCCUGAAGCCACACCUGAAGGCAUUUGUGAAGGCAUUAAAACCUCUAACCAUUGAUGAUGCUGUGCAAUUUGCCAGAUUACAGGAAGAAUCUGUGCAAGCAGUUA